GCUGAGUGUUAAUACCGCUGCGGGCUAAAUAAUCAGCGCUCCGGUACAGCGGGCUGUGUUCGGGACAAUCCCGGAUAAAAGCGGACUGUUGGGCGGUCUAGCUGACUUCUUGUUGCAACCAUGGCUGGAGUGGCACUGAAGAGAGAAGGCCCCCAGUUUAUUAGUGAAGCUGCAGUGCGAGGGAACGCUGCAGUGCUUGACUAUUGCCGAACCUCUGUAUCUGCCCUGUCUGGGGCCACUGCAGGGAUCCUCGGUUUAACUGCUUUAUAUGGCUUCAUCUUUUACUUCCUCGCCUCGUUCCUGCUGUCACUUCUGUUAGUAUUAAAGUCUGGACGGAAGUGGAACAAAUAUUUUAAAUCAAGAAAGCCACUGUUUACAGGAGGGCUCAUCGGUGGCCUGUUCACUUAUGUCCUUUUUUGGACCUUCCUUUACGGCAUGGUGCAUGUGUAUUGAAGCCUGCUACGUGGUUGUGUCACUUGGAAUUGCUCUUUUUAAUGGAAUACAAGGACCUACACUGAACAUAAGGAUCUAGUUUUUAAAAUACCGAACCUGCUGCUUGGUUCCUGUUAGUAACUUAUAUAGAUCAUAUUAUAUAGAUAUGUUCUCUAAUUAAAUUUGCUGUACACAUCUAGAAUAUUUGCAAUUAAUGAAAGAAGUGAUUGAGCACAUAUUAAAUUUUUGGGAUAUAUCUUCCAAACCAGUAUAGCCCACGUUACCAUGGAUCUACUCAACCUACCCAUGCGAAUGGGAAUAAUUAAAAUCCCCGGAUUGAUGUGUGUUUUGGGCUAAGCAAUACAACAUAUUGGCCUAUGUACUAAAGCUAUGCAUUCAUCACAGGUCCACAUUGAAUUUCAUAUAUUGUUUUUUUCUUUCUUAUAUUUAUUUCAUAGUGGCUGAAACAAAAACAGGAAUGUAUGCUUUUGGAUUACAUUGACGUUAAAGGUUUGAUAGAGUUUGCACCUCUAAAAUAGACAUGGUAUACAGAUAAUGGUAUUAUACAAAAUGCAUGUAAUCUAAUGAAUCAGCCAUACAGCAUAUGUAUUCCUUGAUGGUAUAAUGGAUAAGGUGGCGUCACCUUUGCACCUCCAGUGUUGAGUUUAACAUAGCAUUGCCAUUAAACCUCACUCUUUGGAAGCAGUGGCGUAAUUACACCACAGCACAGGCCCCUUGGAGGGGGGUGGCUUGAGUGCAGCCUCCAACAUAGUGUAGUUCCCCUCAACAGCAAUUAACUUUGAUGGCCUGGGCUUUCCACAUGUACCUGGUUUAAUCUCCUUGUUUUUGGUUACAUCACCUGUCACUGGAAAUACAAUUGCAACGACCUGUCAUUCUCAUCUAAAGUCAGGGAAAAAUAAAGGACAAGUGCAUAGGCUGUGUACAUUGAUUGGUCCUGCCACAUGUCCUGUAGGGGCAUAAAUUAGACCAGCCCAUACGUAGCUCAUUCGCAUACGGUUACAGGGGCAAUAUACCCCCUUUUUUCAACAUUAGCUUAAUGUAUAAUUGUAAUGUCUAGUGCUCAGCAUACUUUUUGUCUAUUGUUUUACGUCUUGCACUAAACAGGCCAAAAUCUAAAGAUCAAAGUUAUACUCUGCUUCCUCUACUGACAAGCAAAAUGAAAACAAAUCACUGGUCGAGCUUAGAUUGUGCUCAUAUGAAUCAGAAAGUAGAAUGUGCCUUUACUUAUAACUUUUAGUUUUCCCUGUUUAGUACAAGAAAUAACAAAUUUCAUAACUAAAACAAAAGGCAAAGUUGUGAUCAUUGACCUAAUGUUGAAAAAAGGGGUAUACUUCUUUAUUUACAGAAAUGCUGCAGCACUAGUACUAGCUCUUGCAAAUCUACUUUGGCAAAAGGCAAAGCAAACACCUAUGGUGUGACUUUGUAUUUCCCAAGAACCUUAGGGUUUUUUUUCUGUGCUUCUUAGAAACAACGGAAUCUGUGAACAGGUCUAUUGAAAUCUUUUGUAGGCAAGCCAAAUCCUCUCACCACUAGGGCUCACUAUUUUAGCAGCUGCCAAGCUCAAGGUCACUGCUUUAACUAAAGCAAUCAGUUAUCUUUCAGCACAUCUGAGUACAAAUGUACAGUCCUAGUUUUAAGCCCUUUGAAUAUUUUGUUGUUUAGUUAGUAUUAGAGAGCCCUUGUUUUGCCUGGAGGAAGAAGUCACACCACUGUUCUCUUCCUUUGCAGAUAAAAACCCAUGAAUUGUUGAAUACAAAACCUUUUGUUAGAUCUGAUGCAAAGUCCAUGGUAUUAAACGUUUAAACAAUUGUUUGAAAUCGUCCUUACAACAGAAAUGUGAAUAAAUAUGCUUUGAGAU